UGCCCAUUCGACAGCCACAUAUCACAGAAUCUCAGCCCACUGUGCAAGUGAAGUGAAAGCCAAGUAAACCUCCUGGAAAGCCCUGAGCCCAAGCAGCAGGGCACAAGGAGAAGGGGGCCAGGGCCAUCUGAGAGAGCAGAAUCCUCCUGCUGUCAGAGGUAUCUGAGAUGAAUCCCACCAGCCAAUUCGUUGGCACAACAGAAUAUGACUAUGGAUAUGAUGAAGACACUGCUCCGUGUAACGAAGGAAACAACUUUCGCAGGUUUAAAUCCCUCUUUCUGCCAAUUCUUUACUGCCUUGUGUUUGUCUUCUGCCUCCUGGGAAACUCCUUGGUCCUCUGGGUCCUCCUGACCAGGAAAAGGCUGACAACAAUGACUGACAUCUGCCUGCUGAACCUCGCAGCCUCUGAUCUCCUCUUCGUUUUGCCCCUCCCUUUCCAAGCCCACUACGCUUCAGACCAGUGGGUUUUUGGCAAUGCCAUGUGUAAGAUAAUGGCUGGCAUUUACUACACAGGUUUUUAUAGCAGUAUUUUCUUUAUAACCCUCAUGAGCGUAGACAGGUACAUAGCAAUUGUCCAUGCUGUCUAUGCCAUGAGGGUACGGACAGCCACUUGUGGCAUAAUUAUCAGCUUGAUCCUGUGGCUGGUGGCUGGCUUGGCUUCUGUACCCAACAUCAUGUUCAGCCAGGAGCUGGAGGUCGAGCAGGCUUUGCAGUGUGUCCCCACGUACCCCCCAGGUGACAAUACCUGGAAGGUUGCUUCUCAGUUUGCAGCCAAUAUCUUGGGCCUCCUGAUUCCCUUUAGCAUCCUCGUUUGCUGCUACACUCAGAUACUAAAAAACCUGCAAAAAUGCAAAAACCAGAACAAGGUCAAGGCGAUCAAGAUGAUCUUCAUCAUCGUCAUCGUCUUCUUCCUUUUCUGGACUCCUUUCAACAUCGCGCUGCUCCUGGACUCUCUGCAGAGCCUGCACGUCAUCAAUGACUGCAAGGCGAGCUCCCAGAUAGCGCUGGCCCUGCAGCUGACAGAGACCAUCUCCUUCAUCCACUGCUGCCUGAACCCCAUCAUCUACGCCUUCGCGGGCGUCACCUUCAAGGCCCAUCUCAAAGGACUCCUCCAGUCCUGCGGUCGUGUCCUCUCCAGCCCUGCCGGAGGUGCCGGGGCUGGACAGUCCUUUUCUGCACCCACCCAGCUCUCUGGCUGGUCUGACAGCGCAGGGGUCCUGUGAGCACACCUGAACCACGUUCUGCUGGUGCGAGGGGCUGGCCGAAGCUCUGCUGCGGUCCUGGAGGCUGUGCCAUGUGUGCAGCAUCCCCUGGGAGAUGCAGUAUGCCUAUGCCUGGUGCUGGGAUACGCUGUGACCUGCCAUGCAAGAUCUGGUGACACUGAUUUCCCAAGAGAACCAGUGCUUUUGUGAAAUGGUGACCAUACAUUGCCACGGGAUAAUUUUUAAUUAAGUUUUAGAGCUCCUUUAGUACACUUCAGCAAGCAGGAUGCUUCCUCUAGUAUCUACUUUCUCCUCUAAAAAAGCAUCGCUUCUGCCUCACCCCCAAGUGUGUCUGUGCCUUGUGGAAGCUGAAUCCCUACAUCCCUGAGAAAAGUGCGUGACACCCCUCUGGAAAGUGGGAAGUGGACAGGCAUGGGAU